CUCGUGUUGGAAGUUGCGAGAUAAGAUGGCAGCUGAGGAGGGCGGUAUCGUCUACACCAAGGAGCAGGACCGCCACUUCAAGGCUCAGGGCGCCACGCAAGAGGUACGGCAUCCCGCCAUUGACACCAUCUCCGCCCUCUGGCCUUGCCGAAUGCAUGGACCUCUGUGACGGUUGUGUCCAGAUGCGUGUGGGCUAUGUGUUGCGUGCCGUUGUGGAGCCCGUGAUGGAGAGCACCGGCGAAGACCUGGCCGGGGAGGGGCAAGUCCAUCGCGAAGGGCUCAAGGAGUUCCUCGCGAAGACCUGCACCAUCUUCCGCAAGGUGCGCUGACCACACAAUAUACGGCCAGAGAUCCAUGGCUGCAUGGUGGAUGUGGCCUUCUUCUUGGCGCGUUUGAUGGAUGGACGGACGAAUGCAUUGGAUUGGCUGGGUGUCAGGAUGAGUUGUCGCGCGAGUGGAUGGAGUACGUGUCCCGUGAGGUGCCGGCGGUGUCGAGUCGCCGCCCGCCCACCUGGAAGGCGCAGAUCCCAUGCCUCACCUCGACGCUGCAGGUAACUAACCCACACAGUCCACUCACACCGAACGCACGCCACACGCGCCGAUGGAUGGAUGGCCAUAUGUGUGAUGUGUUUCGUGUGGUGCGGUGUGUUGUGUGCAGGAGUACACCAAGGUUGAGGUCAAGAUAGAUCGUCUUCGUGGCGGCGUUGCGGAGCAGGUGCACCUGUUUGAGAAACAGGGCGUCAGGGUCGCACUGGCCAGACUCAUGAUCAUGGCACACGACGUCGUCUGUAAGCAAUCAGACGAGAGGAGAGGAGAGGAGAGGCAAGCUGUCUUUAUCCAUGCAUCCAUCCAUCCAUCCAUCCAUCCACACCAAACAUCUAUCUAUAUUGACCUGUUUGACGUGGCCGGUUGGUUUGGUUUGGUUUGGUUUGUGUGCAGGUGAGACUGCUGAGACGAUGUACAAUGCGUUGGUGAUGCGGGCGGAGACCCUCCGGGCCCUCACGGACAACAACUACGGCCUCCCGCCUCACGCCGAGGUCGGCCCACGAGGGACAAAGGGCGGGAGGGAGGGAGGGAGGGAGGGAGGGAGGGGAGAGAGGAGGGAGGCUCACUUUUCUCUCUUUGUGUGUCAGGUGUUGCGUGACAAUCGCAAGGUGUCGGAUCUCAAGAAGCUCUGGUCCGGACACCAUGCACACACAUCACAGGAAACGAGUUGCACCAGGUGCAUCUUCCCGUGUGUGUGUGUGUGUGUGAUUGAUGGAUGUGCAGGAAGAGUUUGACCAAGCAGGAGGCUGAGGUGCGCGCCAAGCUGCAGGUGGCCCACCACCCCCACAUGAUGCCCAUGCCCCUCCCGGACGGCACACACCCGCCCCUGGACAACCACAACAACGACGGCAACGGAAACGGAGAACACAACGAGCCCAACGACCCCAACGAGCGCCUGCUGACCCUCGCCGCCAUCCCUGCCGGCCCGCCCAACGGCUACCCAUACCCACACAUGGUGGUGCCCAUCACCAUGCACCCCAUCACACACGAGCGCGCCUCAUCCUCAUACGCCGUGCCCGCGUCGGCCAAGUCGUCCGAGGAGUUCAUCCAGGACGGCAACGCCAACGGCAUCCUGCCCUCACCGGCAGCAGCAGCAGCAGCUGCGGCUACGGCUGCUGGUGGGGGUGGUGGUGGUGGGGAGAAGCGCAUGUCUGAAGAGGCGGUGGCCAACCUGCUGUGCUCGAUGAAGGAGGGGGCCUCGCUGGACACGCGGCGCGGCCGCAAGCGGGGCUCGAGCAAGGCGGGCGGUGCGGAGGGGGACAAGGAGGGGGGCGGCAGGAAGCGACGCACCACCACCAAGAAACGAGACGAGAAAAUGACGCAGGAGGCCCAGGGCAUGUAAGCCAAGGAGAGAGGGAGAGAGAAUGGGCGUCUCCGUGUUGGAUUUGUGGUGUGGUGUGGUGUUUUGUGUGUGGGCUUUUAGAUUGGCGGGGUUUCUCGGCCACCCUGGCGGCAUGUAGCUAUCAGAGACAGACAGACAGACAGACAGUUGUUGACGGGGAGAGAGGGGGGAUAUGUCCAUACGUACCAUAGCUGACUGACGGCCGGCAUUCUUGAGCAGACACACCAGACUGACCCACUCUUAUACGUGUACAGACACCACCGACCACACAUAGCGCUUCCGAUUACAGCCACGGCAGAGGGUCUGAUUGAUGGGGCGAGCGAUGGUAUGAUGGAUGGGGGACUCAUUCGUGCCGCCAUGCAGACGGCGAGACGACCCCUGCGUGCGUGCGUGUGUGGAUGUGCGUGUGGAUGUAGCUGGAGAGACACAUAGCAUAGGUUCAAGCAGCAGCAGCGGUAACACGCACGCAGAAGGAGC